CAGAUCUUCCCACGGAUAAUUAGACUAUCGGAUUUUUUUGUCGGCCUCCACGUCCUCCUCGUCACUGUCCAAGAUGUCGUUCGCGCUCCCCACACGCCAAGUCACCUUCGGUCGCCCGUCGGCAUCCCAGCCGACGUUCACCCAGCAACAGUUCCAGCAGCCUGCACAGCCCGCGAGCCAACCCUCGCAUGGUCUCGCUCUGCCAGGCGCGAACUCGUAUAGCUUGCCGGGACCGUCCACCCUUCCUGGUCCUUCGCCUCUCUCUCAGUCCCAUACCCCUCCUCAGUCGACAUCUAUUACUCCCGUCACCAAUGGCGUGCACGCCAACGCGGCUGCCGGUCCCUCGACGCCACCCUCGUCAACAGUCCCGUCGACUCCUGCCCCGCUCACGCUCGAGCAGCAACACAUCACUGCUGUCGACGGUAUCGUGCCGACACUUCAAAACAUCGUCGCGACCGUCAACUUGGACUGUCGUUUGGACCUCAAGACGAUCGCGUUGCACGCGCGCAACGCAGAGUAUAAUCCCAAGCGUUUCGCGGCGGUUAUCAUGCGCAUUCGCGACCCCAAGACGACCGCACUUAUCUUCGCCUCGGGCAAGAUGGUCGUGACGGGCGCGAAGAGCGAAGACGACUCGCGUCUUGCGUCGCGCAAGUACGCCCGCAUUGUGCAGAAGCUCGGCUUCGACGCCAAGUUCUCGGAGUUUAAGAUUCAGAACAUCGUCGGCUCUUGCGAUGUCAAGUUCCCGAUCCGUCUGGAAGGUCUCGCCUACAGUCACGGACAGUUCAGCAGCUAUGAGCCUGAGUUGUUCCCUGGGUUGAUCUAUCGCAUGCUCAAACCGAAGGUCGUCCUCUUGAUCUUUGUCUCUGGGAAGAUCGUCUUGACUGGUGCAAAGGUCCGAGAGGAGAUUUACACUGCAUUCAACACCAUCUAUACGGUGUUGUGCGAGUUCAGAAAACCGUGAUGAUCUUGUCCACCAUUGGUUUUUUGUUUUCUUCCCUAACGCCCGCACCCACCGACAUCCGCCGCCUCUGCCUCUACUGCACUGGUAUUGGGCAAGACGUGGUCGUGCGGGCGUACAAAAAUCAUACAUGCGAGGCCGAUCAGGGCGAGGGCGAACGUAGUGCACGGACAUCCUCAGUCACCCCUCAUCGUACCUUUCUUUUCACGGUUACUUGGGUUCUUCCUUUCUCACUCUUCUCUUUUCUUCUCGAACUCUAAACCUUGCAAUCACCAUAAUUCCCCCCUCCUGCAUUGACAAAUAUCUACAUUUAACUUUAUGAUACAUCAGUCGGGCAAUUGUAAAACAG